AUGGCGCAACAAGAGGAUGCCAGCCCACGCCCAUUCAAUCCACGCCCAUUCUGUCCGAAUCCCCUAGUCAUCAAGCCUGAGCAACGGAUUGAGCAGCUCAAGAAAUUCCUGGAAGAUCCGACCCCCAAAAUACAACGCCAGAGAACCAAUAUUGAAGGACUCAUCCGAAUGACUCAGCAGACGAUCUGGAUCUGCAAGGGGCAGAUCAUGGAUCCGCCGCCUCGCCUUAAUGACCUUCCGCCAAUUAUGGUACAUUCUGCUGUAUGGGCCGAGGGAAUUUUCCAUCAGUUGAUGCAGCAGAGUCCUCCCCAGGUAACUACCUCAAAACAAUAA